AAUCGUUCCAUUUACUUUCUUACUUUAAACAUUCAUUAUUUUUUUUAGCAGGCGAUGAUCGUCCACGCGUCAGCUCUGUUCUCAAUCAUGAACCAGGCGUUCCAUCCAAUGAUGUCGGUUCGCUAGCCAUUGUAGGCAAACCAGUUGCUAAGGUCUGUCCCCAUGUUCAACGGAAUAGUGGCAAAGUGGAGCGAAGUUAUUUGGUCCAGGACUACCUUGAGAGACGGCUAGCAGCUGCCAAAAAUCGGGCAAAGUCGGACAAUCGGUCGUAUGGUGUUGCUUGUGCUCUGGGACACUCCCCUGUCUGCAAGUGUCUUAGCUUUUGA